CAUAGUCUGCGGCACAGCGGCGCUGCAGCACUCCUCCGAGCCUUGUAGGACAGUCCUCCACCCCCUACAACACUAACCCACAGCAACCUGAUACCGGAGACGAGCGGUCCAGACAAGCCUGUAAACGAGGCGUUCCCAGCCGCCCUGUCUGUCUGUCUGCCCAGCGGAGCUUCAAAUCGUCAAUGCCAAACGCUGCCGACUGCCUCGGGAAAGAUCGCACCGAGAGAUAUUCAUUCCCCCAACUCCGUCAUCUGCCUGCACGGGACUAUAUUACAUCUGUCUGUCGUAAACAAGAAAAGCUCACGGUAGACGCCGUCGACUUGUGAAUAUUUUUCCCUCAGCGAAGAUCGUGAAAUGAGACGGGACACGGAGAACUAACUGGCUAGGUAUUGGGCUAACGUCGGUUAGCAUCGAUAGCAGCCAGCUUGUAAUCUAACCGAGCAAAUUUGCUGGCAUUUAUAUGCCAAAUUCUUGCCUUUUCUGUCGAUAGGGUGGACGUUUUCAGAAAGUGUAUAUCUGAGAAUGGUCUGUAUCUACUCACAUUAGUGGUGUGUCCGUUAUUUUUGCUAUAUUUACCCUCUUUGCCUAAGUUUGUUAGUACCAGACAGUCGCCCUGGGCAGCUAGCAUGAUAGCUAGCAGAUAUGGACGUUGCUCGCUGGCUGGUUCUAGGUGGCAGAUCCGCCAAACAAGUUAGCUGCUUGGUUCAUCUGUCCGGUCUGUGCUGGAGUCGGUAGCGGGACUGACUCAACUUUCAUUGGCAGUGGAUGUUAGUUAUCAAAACACUUUCGCCGACCACUGAACACAACAGCAGCACCCCUUUUUCGCAUCCUUCAUCAAUGUGUUCCAUGCCUGAGAGAUCAGUUCAAGUUAUUGAGCUGACGUGAGGAAAAGUGGGUGAAAACAAAGUGGUAUCUGCAAAGGAAGAGGACCAGAAGAAGUAUAACGAGACUUGGAGAAGAUCCAACUGCGAGACCAAAGUCGAUAUACACUACCAUGGCUGUGGCCCGAAUCACGAUGAAAUUACUCGCUAAAUUUGGGUUUUGCCUGACUAUCCUCCUGACUUCUGUGGCUGCAGCGCAGGGCGAGGAGAGGGAGUGUGCCUUCACGGACCAACAGCAUCAGUGGGAGGUGGAGCGAGUGGCUGGGGGCGACGGCCGGGUCUCCCCAGAGAACACCACAAUCAGAUGUGCCAAGGGCAGCCACUGUUUCGGCCUGUGGGAGAAAAGUCCCCCAGGCGAAGUGCGACUUGUCAAACAAGGUUGUUGGACUCACCUGGGCGAUAACCAGGGUUGCCGUGACGACCGCUGCGUGGUGACCAAUCUCCCUCCCCAGAUCCAGAAUGGAACGUACCACUUCUGCUGCUGCGGCAGCGACAUGUGCAAUGUCAACUUCACAGAGGACUUCCCACCGCCCAGCCCGACCACUGCACAGCCCAUCUACUCUCGCACACUGGGCUACGAAGAGACAGUAAUUAUCACCCUGGCAACAGUCUCCGUGCUGGCCGUGCUUGCCAUUGCAGCCUUCUUUGGUUACCGCAUGAUGCACGGAGAUGGUAAGCAAGGGCUUCACAACCUGAAUAUGAUGGAGGCUGCUGGCUCCGAGAGCUCUCUGGACCUAGACAAUCUCAAGCUGCUGGAGCUGAUUGGACGUGGCAGAUACGGCACCGUCUUCUGUGGCUCUCUGGAUGAGCGGCCCGUGGCUGUCAAGGUGUUCACUGCUGCCAACCGCCAGAACUUCCUCAAUGAAUGCUCAAUCUACCGGCUGCCACUGCUGGAGCAUGACAACAUCGCCCGGUUUGUGGCUGCUGACGAGAGGACAGGCCCGGAGGGACGCACUGAGUACCUGCUGGUCAUGGACUACUACCCACAUGGCUCUCUGAGUCGCUACCUGAGCGUCCAGACCAACGAUUGGGUCAGCAGCUGCCGGCUUGCUCACUCUGUCACCCGUGGCCUGGCAUACCUGCACACCGAGCUCUUCAAAGGAGACUUGUACAAGCCUGCCGUUUCCCACAGGGACCUGAACAGCCGAAAUGUUCUGGUCAAGGCUGAUGGCACCUGUGUCAUCAUCGAUUUCGGCCUGUCCAUGAAGCUGACGGGAAACAGGCUGGCCCGUCACGGAGAGGAGGAAAACGCUGCUAUCAGUGAGGUGGGGACGAUCCGCUACAUGGCUCCAGAGGUGCUGGAGGGGGCGGUGAACCUGAGGGACUGCGAGUCGGCGCUGAAACAGGUGGAUAUGUACGCCCUGGGCCUGAUCUACUGGGAGACCUUCAUGAGAUGCACAGACCUAUUCCCUGGAGAGUCUGUGCCAGAGUACCAGAUGGCCUUUCAGGCGGAGGCAGGAAACCACCCGACAUUUGAGGACAUGCAGGUCCUGGUGUCCAGGGAGAAGCAACGACCCAAAUUCCCCGAGGCCUGGAAAGAGAACAGUUUGGCCGUCCGCUCACUAAAAGAGACGAUGGAGGACUGCUGGGACCAGGAUGCAGAGGCCCGCCUCACAGCUCAGUGCGCAGAGGAGCGAAUGGCAGAACUGCUCCUCAUAUGGGACCGCUCCAAGUCUGUUAGCCCGACGCUCAACCCCAUGUCCACCACCCUGCACAACGAGAGAAACCGUAUGACGCCAAAGUCCGGCCCGUACACAGACCACCCCUCCACCUACAUUGAAGAGCACGAGGGUGUGGCUAAAAACACACAGGCUGACACCACAGGCUCCAUUAGCGGUCGAGCUGGGGCUGUCACCGGAGAGAGAAACAGGAACUCCAUCAACCAGGAGCGCCAGCAGCAAGCCAAUGCCCGGGUGCCCAGCCCAGAGGGCAGCAGCACCACCAGCAUGGGACUGAGAGGCAGCCCCUCAGCCUCCACCACAACCACCACUAUUAUCUCUGAGUCCGAGGGACCCGCAGGUGUCACCACAGUCCCCGUCUGCCUCCACCUCACCCAGGAGGACCUGGAAACCACCAAGCUUGACCCGAAAGAGGUAGACAAAAACCUGAAGGAGAGCUCUGACGAGAACCUGAUGGAGCACUCACAGAAGCAGUUCUGCUCUCCAGAUCCGCUGAGCCCCGGCAGCUCCAGCCUCCUUUACCCCCUCAUCAAGAUGGCCACUGAGGCCUCAGGCACGUCAGACCCCGCUGCUGCUAUGCCCACCACCAUCUUCCCCCUGCCCAAGCAGCAGAACCUACCCAAGAGGCCAUCCAGUCUGCCUCUGCGCACCAAACCCACCAAGAAGGAGUCGUCAUCGUCUUCGCUCAGGUUCAAGUUUGGACGUUCAGGGAAGUCCAACCUGCGGCAGGUGGAGGGAACAAAGAUGAACAUUGGUGCAGUAAUGAGUGCAAACACAGCUGUAGACACCCAUGGGGUCGCAGGCACAAACAACACACCUGUUCUACGGGAUAUGCAUGUCAACGGUAGCGUCAACGGUGCCGUUAACGGUCAUGCCAGCACUGGAAUCUUGUCUAUGGCUACAGGUGGAGCCACAGGUUUUGGAGGAUCCACCAUAACUCAGAACGGAUCUGGAGCUCUGAGGUCAGACGACGGCCACCUGAGCCUCGGCAUCAUCACCGCCAGCCCCGACGAACACGAGCCGCUUCUGAGCCGCGAGCGAGAGCAGCCCGACCCGAGAGAUGCGUCCUCGAGUGUCGCCGCCCUCCGCUCAGCCCGACCCAACACCAACAACAACAACAGCAACACCAACACCGGCCACGGCCAGGGAGACGGGGAGAGCGGAGGAGAGAGUGACGCAGGAGAGGAGGAGGGGAACGGGGAGGGAGGCAGCAGGGAAACCACGGGACCCAUGGGAGAAAGCUCGGGGUCGGGACCUGGCCCUGCUGAUUCCCAGGGGGCAGCUCCGGUCACCAUGAGAGGGGAGGCCCUGCUCAGGCAGCCCAGAGCCCGCAGGCCUGAGAGACCCAACUCUCUGGACUUGUCCUUCACCACACAGGACCUGGCUUCUCUAGGGGAGGGCUUGGUACAGCCAGAUGGAGCCUUCGGGGGGACAGGAGAGAAGAUCAAGAAGCGUGUGAAAACUCCGUAUUCCCUGAAGAAGUGGCGACCCACUACAUGGGUCAUCUCCACAGACACCAGGGGCCCGGAGGUCAACAACAACGGGUCCUCCCGCGGUCAAGGUCACAGUCAGAACCGGCCCAAGUCCAGUUCGGCUAUCUACUUGCGGGGCGGGAGCUUGGCCAGCGAGCCCAGCGACACGCAUGUGUGAACUCAGUCCCUCCGACAAGACCGAAAAAGAAAAAAAAACAAAAAACAAAAACGGAGAGCGUCUGGUUUCUGUCUGUCCAGCUCUCUGCUCUGAAUCAGCAAGAGGAAGCUAUGGAGUGUCUUGUGAACAAACAGUCGAGUCUGAUCAUGUACAGUAAUUAGGUCUGUCUCGCUCCUGUGUGUCUUUCUGAUGAUGGCAUUGCUUUAAAUGGAAUCCAGCUAUGCAGCAUUCUCAUCCGCUUCAGUUUCUGUGUUUUAUUAAUCUCCCUUUUGUCAGUUUAUUUCACCCUCAUGAGCGUAGCAAUGUUUUGAAUGGAUUUCUUUUUCUUUUUCUCCUCUGUGCACUUUGAACCAAUUAAAAUCAGUGUUUAGAAGUCCUGUCUGGUGCGACCACAACAAAAAGUGGUCUCUAAACUUAAAAAGGCGAUGAGAAACAAUCAACACUUCGAGCGUUCUCGGUCUCGUAGCCUGCUGUGUCAAGUAACGUUCGAGUGCAGGCUCUGUAAAAGAAUCGACUUAUCGUCUUAAAAGACGGAACAAACUGCUUCUUUUUUUAAAUUUCCUUGUUUUGUAUGCAAUACCAAUUUUCUCCUCUUUGACUGUGUAUCCAUUAUUUUGUAUCAUAAUCUUUAACUGUGCAAUAGGAUGUAGCUGUUAGAUGCUUUCAGUGUUUUUAUCGCUUCUGUUACUUUGUUCGUUGUUUUAUCCCGUCGUUAUUUUGAUGUUAAUCUCUGUUGCACUUAUGAAUAGUCACAAUCGUUUUGUAAACAAUUCACCAUAUACUACCCCCUCCUCCCAGACACACACACACACAAACACAAACACCCCUCGAUUCAAGAGAAGAAAAUGAAUGACAAUCCUCCUCUCUUUCCUUCUUCUCUGGACUACUUUUAUGGGGAACAAACACUAACAAUCAAUCCCAGCUGACUGGAAAAGUGGGCUUUCAUGGAUACUCCUCUGCUUGCACAAUUACACCAGGAAUGACUCAGACUCUCGGGUCUUUUAACACUACAAUCACCAGAAUCAAAUCUACGGAGGGAUUUGUUACAGUGGCCAAUGCAAUCACUGUACCACUAUCACUUGACCUCACUGUGGACUGUGUGUUUAGCCGUCUAUAUGUGACUGAAAGACCAGAAACGCAAGAAUGACUGGACUGUGCUCUUUGAACUUUUGCGUGAAAUGAGAAACUGGUCUAAAAAACAAAAAAAAAAAAAAAAAAAAGGAGAAGAAGAACACCCCCUCUCUCUUCUGAAGCACGCUGGAUAUUAUUUCUGCUUCUUCUUGUCUUAUCCCUUAAUGUUCAGAUGAGUGAGUGUGAGUGAGUGAGUGAGUGUGGGUGGGUGGGUGGAGGUGUUAUGUUAAUUUCCAUCAGCAAGCAUUAGAGUUGUUGGGGCCUAACGCUGUACAGGCGUGCUGAAAUGUCAUUGUAUUCAUUCUGUACUUUCAGCGCUGCUUCAGGGCAUAUGAAAAGAUCUCAUUUAUGUUUUUGUAAUCUGUAAUUUGUAUGGGGAAAAAACCCAACAUGUAUGUGUAUUGCAUUAAUAUUUGCAUCAUUUUUAUGGAGUUCUGUUUUGCAUUCAAUGGACAUGGCCUUUGAUUCCAUUGCUAUGCGUCUGCUCGGUACAGUUUCUGUAAACAUUUUCAAGUCAAUAUGAAAGAAAAAAAUUCUCAAUAAAUGUAUGAAAUAAUU